UCCACUUCCAUGGAAGCUGUCUAAACCGUCACGUCGCUCGGGCAGCGCGACCUGGUGUGCGCAUGCGCCCUCGGGGCAGGUGGGGCCCUGGCGCGUGAGGGGCGUGGCUGUCGGUUGGGCGCUGUUUACCGUUAAACGGGACUGGGUGGGCGGGGCCGGGAAGAAAGGGCAAGUGUGGCGUCGGCGUUUAACCGUUCCGCCCCGGCAAAAAUAAGCAGACGGCGUCGGGGGUUUGUACCGAGGCCUGCUACUCGCCCUCUCGCCUCUUAACGGUAGAGUAGACGCCCGUCAGCCCCGAUCCCGGAGGAAGGGCGGCGCGCCCCCUUCACCCGCACUGAGACAUGCACCAGUCCUGCCAGCGGGCCGUCGUCUCGUACCCCGACCGGACCGGCGAACAGUUGGAGAAGGAGCUCCACGAUGGCCUUGAGGAGGGCAAGGAGCGCUUCAAGGACCUCAACGACCGCUUCGCGAAGUACAUCAACAGCACUGUUCUCUGCCUCAUGCGCCGCAACAAGGAGUUGCUGGCCGAGCUCAGCACCGCCGAGAAGGACGAACCUGGCCGCUCCGAGGCCAUCUUCCAGAAGGCGAGGAACGACCUCAAGUGUCGGCUGGAGGAGCAGCAGAAGGAGCUUAGCUGCCUCAAGGCAGAUAAAGAAAAAUACAAAAAAAGAUUAGAAAAAGAAAUUCAAUUAAGAAAGGAAGCUGAAAAAGAUUAUGAAGAUUUAAGAAAGAAAACUGAUGAAACCAAUGUUGCGGUGGAUAAACUUCAACGUAAGGUUAAGUUUAUGGAAAUACAGUUAUCUCAAUUAGAAGACAUACGUGAUCAGGAACGCAUGUAUUGGCAAAAGAAGGUAGAGCACAUACAAAGCCUUGAACAGGGAGACACACACAAGGCAGAUCUAGAACAAGCUCUUAAAGAGAUUCAUGCUGAACAUGAACAGCUUGCUAAGAGAAAUAAAGAGAAUAUGGACAAAUAUAAGCAAAAGUUUGAGGAGACCAGCACCAGGGCACUAGAGAAUGCCAAGAAAGAACUGGAAUGCUAUCGUAAAGAAAUGAAUGAGCUGAAGUUAAAAGAUGAACUAAUGAAGAACUCACUGUUAGAAAAGGACAAAGAUAUAUUCAGACAGAGAGAAUGCAGUAAGGUAUUGGAGAAAAGGAUUGUCCGUCACACAAACGAAUAUCAGGAACUAUUAAAUGUAAAGACACAGCUUGAACAAGAGAUUGUCACUUACAAAAAUUUACUGGGUCAAGUAGAACGGAAAGCAAGGGAUUACUCAUCUCAGCCAGCAAUAACUAAAAAAGAAGAGGCAAGAGAUAUGAAUGACACCUGUGUAAUAUCUUCAUCUGAUGAAGACAAGGAAUCUGAAGAAAAUGAAGAUUUGUGUGCCCUGGAUCAAGACUAAAGCUGGUCUGUUGAAAACAAAAAUGACUGCAGAUCUGAGUCCCAUCUACUCAAUGUUCUCACCUAUAAGAAGAGAUCGAAACCUUAAACACAUCACCAAAAAAUUAACAUUAAUUCAGUAAAUGUGACUGAAAGAUCACUAAUUCUGCUUGUUUCACAUGUGGAUUAU